CUUAGAUAAUGGGGAAUUGCUCCAUUAAGGGUACCACUGGAGAAUGCCACCAUACUAUCCGUAUCCUGAGUGAUAGUGGUGCCAUUUUACAGUUCAAAGGUCCUAAAACUGUUGGCCAAGUGCUCCAGCAUUACCCAGGCUAUGGUGUUUUCCUCUGGGGUCAUCCCUCAACACCAUUGCAGGUCCAUGAGACCUUAGCCUAUGGUAUUUUCUAUUACCUUCUUCCCCUGAAGGAGAAAGCCCCAGCGGAGGACCAGAUACCUAGUAAUGGGGUUUCAGCACAAGGGGAAGGCCAAGAGCUUCUUCAAUGGUCAGAGGUAGAGUCAAAGAAGAGCGAUGAUACUGAGCAACCUAAUAAGUUGCUGUGUGCUGAAGGGGCAUGCAAUUAUGUCCAGAACUUGUCUCCCGGGUCAGCUCUUGAAGUGCUGCCUUCGGCUAAGAAUGGGGUGUGGAGAGUGAAGCUGGUGAUUGGCACAAGGCAGCUAGAGGAGAUUUUGUCGGAGCAGGUGAACACGGAGGCGCUGAUCGAGAAGAUGAGGAUGGCUGCAAGUAGUAGCCCUACAAGGAGCAGAACCAUGGCCACUUGGAAAGUUGGGUGGAAGCCAACACUCUUCCAUACAUUGUUGGCACCUAUUUCCCGUGCAAGAAUCACUGCUUCAGAGUAUAGCUUUGGUUCGGGUUAAGGAAUGGUUUCAUCAGCUUCCAGCUGUUUAUAACAAUCCAUCAAGAGGAGCACUUUGCGAGUAUUUUAGAUCUUUCCUAACAAGAUCUAGAAGUUCUAGGUUAAUCUAAGCUUGGGGUCUUGUGUUUUUUACGACCUGUCCAAAAUAUCAAUGAAAUGUUAUGAUUAUGAAUGCCAAAGAAUGUUAGACACUUGACAUUUCUACAUUGUGUAUCUAUAACUACUUUCCACACCACGGCAUGA